AGGCGGCAUAUUAGCAAGGACACCGAUGCGAAAAAGCCUGAAAAAUAUGAAAUCCGAAGGUCUCAAGAAUCAGAUCAGAAGAACCCAGAUGCGAAGGAGGGAAUGGGGGAGACGAUUCUUGUCUCACCACCCACUAAACCAGUGCAGCAUAUCCCAGGAAUCGCUUCCGGUAUGGACUCUGGUGGCACACAUCGGAGACCACCUGGACCGGAUCAAGAGCUUCAACUCAAAACAGCAGAGAGCCUUCACGAGAACAACACUGUACCCGUCACGUUGUUUCAUCACUACUGCAGAAAACGUUCCAAAGCAAGAUUUGAGAAGAACGUUGUUAUAAGGAGCCUCAGACACAGAGAAAUCCAGAAAUCGAUUGAGAGAAACGGCGUCGGAGAGAUCGAAGAGCAAGAUGCCUAUAAAACAGUGACACUGGCGUUCCAGAAGUUCACUAUGUCCUUGUAA